UGAAGGGACAGCACUGAGAAGCAGAGAGAGCUGGGACACGUAGAAACCAGAAAGCCCUCUCUAAGCAAUGGUGGACAUUCCCAGUACCCACACAUAAAGGAUGCAUGGUUGAUAUGUCAGACCUCUCUCCAGAGGAGCAAUGGAGGGUCGAGCACGCACGCAUGCAUGCCAAGCACCGCGGCCACGAAGCCAUGCACGCUGAAAUGGUCCUCAUCCUCAUCGCUACCUUGGUGGUGGCCCAGCUGCUCCUGGUACAGUGGAAACAGAGGCACCCCCGCUCCUACAAUAUGGUGACCCUCUUUCAGAUGUGGGUUGUUCCCCUCUAUUUCACAGUGAAGCUGCACUGGUGGAGGUUCCUAGUGAUCUGGAUCUUGUUCUCUGCCGUCACAGCCUUUGUCACCUUCCGAGCCACCCGAAAACCACUAGUACAGACAACCCCAAGGUUGGUUUAUAAGUGGUUCCUGCUGAUCUAUAAAAUCAGCUAUGCCACUGGCAUCAUUGGCUACAUGGCUGUCAUGUUUACCCUCUUUGGUCUUAACUUGUUAUUCAAGAUCAAACCAGAAGAUGCCAUGGACUUUGGCAUUUCUCUCCUCUUCUAUGGCCUCUACUAUGGUGUUCUUGAGCGGGACUUUGCAGAAAUGUGUGCAGACUACAUGGCAUCUACCAUAGGGUUCUACAGUGAGUCGGGCAUGCCCACCAAACACCUCUCGGACAGUGUGUGUGCCGUGUGUGGGCAGCAGAUCUUUGUGGAUGUCAGUGAAGAGGGCAUCAUCGAGAACACGUAUAGGCUGUCUUGCAAUCAUGUAUUCCACGAGUUCUGUAUCCGCGGCUGGUGCAUUGUGGGAAAGAAGCAGACGUGUCCCUACUGCAAAGAGAAGGUAGACCUCAAGAGGAUGUUCAGCAACCCCUGGGAGAGGCCUCAUGUCAUGUACGGGCAACUGCUGGACUGGCUUCGAUACUUGGUAGCCUGGCAGCCUGUCAUCAUUGGCCUGGUGCAAGGCAUCAACUAUAUCCUGGGCCUGGAAUAGUCAGGAAGAAGAGCAUCCACCCACCAUGGACCUCAGGGCACUCUCCUCCCUGCCCUCCAAGACCUCCUGGGUGGGAAAGACUCAAAGGGGCACUCGGGCCACUCAGGACCCCUCCGGCUGUGUCCGGGCUGGGGAGGGAUAUGAUGGAGAGCCAGCAGAUGGGGCUGUCAGCAGUGGGGGGCUUUUUAAAAGAAAACUAUUUUGAUGAAUAUAUUUAAAAACCUUUUUUAUUGUGGAGCAUAGGAAUUGCCCCAAUUCCUCCAGGCCUCAGCCUCCCUGCUUGAGCAGGGCAGGAGCAGAGCCACAACAUUUUUGGUGUAAAGGAGCCAUCUCUUCUCUGGCUGAGAGCCCCAGCCCACCUCCCCUUCCUUCUGUAUGUGGGGCUUGAGCCUGGUACACUCAGUGUGGAAGAGCCAGGGAGCUCUGGCCAGUGCCACUGAUGAGCAUUGAGGGGUGAGGUGUCCUCCGUCCUCCCUGGCUAAGGCCACAGUUGGGCGUUGUCUGGCUCCGUCUUCCCUGUUGGGGGCCGUAGGCUGGUGGAGACAAGUGGGACCUUGUCGUGACUUUUGCAGCAAGGGAAGCUCUAGGACCUCGGAAUUCACCGGGGAUUUGUGUGGGGGUGACCAGAGCUGUAGCAGCUUGGGGAACCUCCCACUAAGUGGGGCUGUACUCAGCCAAGAACAAAGACCAUCUAUAUAUAGUUGGGCCACAGGGGUUACUGCUGGCAGCGGUGAUUGAGGGCCGCUUGUGCAAGCUGAUCCUCUGCCCAGAAGUGGUGACACGUGCUGAAGGCCACUGCCACAUCACUUCCUUCCCCGAAAGCCGGAGAGCGUGUGUGUGUGUGUGUGUGUGUGUGUGUGUGUGCGUGCGUGGUAGAAGAACUAUGACAGAUGUGAGGCUUCUUCCUGUGGUCAGACAUUGUUCCCUUGAAGCUGCCAGGGGAUUCCCAGCCCAAGGAAUAUCCUCAUGUCAGCCUUGUCAUCCAUGAGUCCUGCCUGGGCCUGGCAACACAAGUGGUGAGGUGGGUGGGAAGAGGGUCAGGCCCAGGUAAGUAUGGGUUCUGAAAAGGGGUUCCAGGUAGGCCCCAGCUCUGGUCCUAGGAAUUUUGAAGGAAAUGGGAGGGCAAACGUGGUCCUUCUGUGCUGGGUUCCUAGGGAAUAUGGCCCUUCAAGUGCAGUAAGAACCAAGCAGGAUCUUAUCAUCCAUUCUGAAUAAAGCUCCGUGAGCUGGGUUGGAAAGCUGAA